AUGUUGCAGACCAUGGCAUCAGUCGCUCGUCAGUUGCAACAGAUGCACGUUGAAGACUUGCUGCUCAACCCAGAUCAAGCCCUGGCAGCCCGGAUCAUUCAAAAUCAAUACGCCCACGCAUUUCUGCAACGCAUGGUCUCGAUUGGUACGGUGCAUGGGCGAGUGGCUUCCUUCCGCUACAUGUUGGGUGACCAGUUGAAAUCCCUUGAGAUGCAGGAAGCUGUGGAGGAAGCAGAAACUGCGAUCGAGGGGGUGCAAGAUCAUAUUCUCCAAGUGGUGAGUUCAUCGAGAGAGCUCAACGAGCUCUUUGAUGAUCUUCGCAAGAUUCAAAAACAAAUUUCAGAAGAGGCCAAGGAGAAGUCCGGGAGAUGGCGGGAUGCCAAGGUGGAGGCAGCAGGUCGGGAUUUUGUGAUGGAAGUGGAAGGCAUCGUGAACAGAGCGCUUGAGAUCCUGCAGGACUUCGAUAUGCCAAAGGCUGACGCCAUGAAGCUCUUCAAAACAGCCGAGAAAUCCUUCAAGGAGGUGGUGGGGAAGAGUCGUUCAGAUGUGAAACCUCCAAAUGAAGAGGAACGGGCUGCAGAUGUGAAGCUCUUCUUGAAGGCGGAUCUGAAGGAGCGUGAGAACAAGAAGGAACGGCUUGAAGAUGCGAUCUCAACGAAGAAAGAGGCGCUCGAAGUGAUUGAGGAGAACUUGAAGACUUAUGGCUGGCAGAGGAGGUUUCCGUUGUUGAACAAACGAGUGCAACAGCUGGAGACAGAGAAGGCAGAGGUUAGCAAGUUGCUUGAAGACUUGCAGGCGCAGCUCACAAAGUGGCAGCUGGAAUUCGAUGCUUUUAUCGAGGUGAGCAAGGUUUGGCAGGAUGCAGGAGAAGGCCUGAAACAGUUUGGCAGUGUUUCGCCACAACAGGCAUUGAUUUUGAAGUGGAUGGCUGGACACAUUCAAAAUGAUUUGAAGCUGGCCAGAGGCAUGGGGCAUUAUGCGGACGAUGGUUUCGCCCGUUUGCAGAGACAGACGCAGAGCUUGUUGCAGGAGAUGCGAGCAGCAAAGACGUUGAAGGACUUUGAUAAAGGCUUAGGCCGGUUCCUUUCGGAUUUCCAGGCAGAUGAAGAUUUUUCGGCCAAGACCAAUGCCUUUUCGGUGGUGCUGAACCUUCAUCGAUUGCUCAACCCGGGUAAGGUGAACAAUAUGGUCAACUAUGGGCUAUCUCAAAAUCUUGUGGCUUUCCAGUUGUUUGAGCCGAAGGAUCCUCACAACUCUCAGAAGAGGAUUGAGGAGAAGUGA